AUCAGCGUGCAGCGGCGUGGAAUUGAGUCGGGCAUGUUCUACGGACGGCGGAAGAAGAGCGUCUCAGCACACUGUACUCGGAACCUCUCGACUCCAGCUAUUACUAUCCGGAGCACUGUGAGUACUUCUCAUGCUCUAUGUGGACAUCAAAGUGAGUGGCACCUUCGCGUCUGCUGCCCGCACCACUACACGCAGCUCAGCUAGGUUCCCAUGCACGACCUGGUAGCAACGGCGCCAUGUCAUACUCCGAUGAUUCUGAAGAC